UAUUCUUUUUAACUAGACGAUAUAUUCUUCUAAAAAAAAAUCAAUUAAGAUGUAUGAUAAAAUAAUCUGAAAUUCAAUCUUAUCUAUCAUAUUAAAUUUCAACGAAUUUAAUGACAAUUGAAAGACAGACCCCAUAUAUCCCCUCGGGACAUUUUUAUGAAAUCAGGUCAUCAGAAGUAGAGUGUACACGCGAGAGUGGUGGGGAUUACAUGCAUGUUGAAGCUGUGUAUAUAGAGAUCACAUCAUUACGUAUUUUGGUAGUUUACUUCUUAAUUUCAUUAGGUUCACAUCUCUUUGUCAAUCUUCGACAAUGGAGCUCCUCCAAUUUUUUACUACCGCUAUUCUUUUGUUAAGUACAGCAUCAGCGAAAACAUCUGUUCCAUAUCAGAGCAUUCAGCUAGCGUUUUCCAUUACGCCACAAUUGAUGUAUACAUCCGAAUCUAAUCCUGCUUUCAGUGGAUAUUCCUACACAACUCAGGAUUUUAAUGGUGGUGAAAGUAAUGUUAUUUUUACAACUGGCGCUGAUUCUGUGAGCAAAUUAAAGGCUGAAAUAAACUCAAUGAAAAUGCCAGAAUAUUCACAAAGUGACAAAAACCAAAAGGAUAUAAUAUCUUCGGAACAAAAAUCUAAAGCUGAGAAAGCUGAAGAAAAUAGGAACAAACACGAUCUUGACACUAAUAUUAAAGUUAUCAACAAAGAGAAAAAAUUUUCAAAAAAUCCUAAAGAAGAUAAUCUUCUCGAAUAUCAAACAAAUCUUCAGCAAGUCUCCUUAGUAGAUGGAUCUUAUUCUAUAUUUGCAGAAAAUUUACUGAAUCUUCCAGUGUUUCCAAGAUAUCAGAUAUCAUCAAAUGUGAUACAGAACCAAUAUUAUCCUCACAAUUCCUAUGCUAGCUUAGAACUACCUUUGCAUAAUUUUGAUUUUUAUAAUCCCACAGUGCCGCUAUUUUAUCAAGCAACAACAAUCAUUCCUGAUAGCAAUUCCAAGUUGGCAUCUACAAUUGAUAAAAAUAUGAAAGCAUCUAUGGAAUCACAUGUUGUUAAAAAUUCACAAACAAAAGUUACCAGCUCAGAAUCUAACAUGACAAAAUCUAAUAUAAUAGAAUCAAGAUUUAAUUUAGAAUCAACAACAAAUAAAAUCGAAGAAACACCAUCAAGUCAGACUACUAUCCCUACAAAGAAACUUGAAACCAUGAUCACAUCUGAGAAAAAUAGGGAAGAAAUUGAAUCAUCUAGUGAACCUAUAAAAAUAUCUCAGAAUACUGUUGAACAGACUACAGAUAACAAAGCAAAUAGUACUGAACUAACAAGUACAGAAAUGAGUCCCUUAAAGGAGAAAUCAAGUACUACAACAUCUAAAAGUUAAGAUGUGUGAGAUGUGUGAAUCAUUCCAACUAAAAUAUAAAUCCAUGUACACUAUAUGCUCUCUUGUUUGUAUCACGUUUAUAAUAAUAGAAUUUCUGAUAAAAUGCAAUAAAUCUUCUGCAAUUA